AUGGUUAUCGAGAAGAUUUGCUGCCUCGGCGCUGGUUAUGUCGGCGGGCCUACGUGCAGUGUGAUCGCGUGGAAGUGUCCAGACAUCAAAGUCACGGUUUGCGACAAGAGCGUCGAGAGGAUAAACCAGUGGAACUCGGAGAAGCUGCCGAUUUACGAGCCGGGCCUCGACGACGUUGUACAGAAAUGCAGGGGGAGAAACCUCUUCUUCUCGACAGAUAUCGCCAAGAGCAUACAGGAGGCGGACUUGAUUUUCAUAUCUGUGAACACGCCGACGAAGACAAUUGGGAACGGGAAAGGUAGGGCUGCUGAUCUGAAGUACAUAGAGGGCGCGGCGCGUAUGAUCGCUGAUUUGGCGACUAGCAACAAAAUCGUGGUUGAAAAAAGCACUGUUCCAGUCAAAGCUGCCGAAAUUAUUAUGAAAAUACUGCGCGCUAACACUAAACCGGGCGUCGAGUACCAAAUUCUAUCGAACCCAGAGUUCCUAGCUGAAGGAACCGCUAUAGAUGAUUUGGUGGAGGCAGAGAGGGUUUUAAUCGGUGGCGAAGAUACUCCUGAAGGUCACAAGGCCAUACAGGAGCUGUGUUGGGUGUAUGAACAUUGGAUACCAGCUAAGAACAUCCUUACUACCAACACUUGGAGUUCCGAACUGUCUAAGUUAGCUGCUAAUGCAUUUCUGGCUCAAAGAAUUUCCAGUAUUAACUCUCUAUCUGCCGUUUGUGAAGCGACUGGUGCUGAUGUAUCUGAAGUAGCAAGAGCUGUCGGCCGCGACUCGAGAAUCGGUCCCAAAUUCCUUGAAGCAUCUAUUGGUUUUGGUGGUAGUUGCUUUCAAAAAGAUAUACUCAAUUUAAUAUAUUUAUCAGAAUGUUUGAAUCUACCUGAAGUAGCCGCCUACUGGCAGCAAGUUGUGAAUCUAAAUGACUACCAGAAGAAUCGGUUCACUAGAAAGGUCAUUGAAUCGCUUUUCAACACUGUAUCGGAUAAGAAAAUUGCAAUACUCGGGUUUUCAUUUAAAAAGAACACGGGCGAUACCAGAGAGUCACCAGCUAUAUGCGUAUCCAAGACCUUGUUGGAUGAAGGUGCAAAAUUACACAUUUACGAUCCCAAAGUGGAGACAGACCAGAUAUACUAUGAACUAACUCAUCCCCAAGUAACUAACGAACCAGAAAUAGUGAGAAAGAACAUUGAAAUACACAGGUCCGCUUAUUCAGCUGUGACUGGAGCCCACGCUAUCGUGCUGUGCACGGAAUGGGACGAGUUCAAGGAACUGGACUUCAAGAAGAUAUACACAGACCGGCAGUAUAAGGGCGCAGGGCAGUCAGACCUUACCUUAACAUGUAUAUAUUGCGAGAAGCUGGCUUCAUUUCUAACGGAUAACGUUCUUCAAUUGAUUUUGUACGUUUAA